GUGACAACAAACGGAACGUUUGUGAGAUAGAACUUUCUGUCGGAAGGCUAAAACCGAUUCACCUCUCGGCGCCAUUUUGGCUCCAUGUGAGCUGUCCUCUUGACAACCGGGCCUUACUUUUGUAAGAAAGUGACUGUCCCAGUAAUUAAAAUAAGUAGAAAUGGCUUCAUUGCGUGUAGUGGUAAGGAUGUUCUGUUCAGCGACAGAGGCAGCAGUGGCUCCGGUUACAAGCAGCCGCUGGGAAACACUGAAAAACAGUAAAGCAGGUGUGUGGUGUCGAAGCCUGGUCUCUGAUUAUAGAGAGGCAUGUAAGGAGAUGGUGGUUGGAGCCUGGGAGCGACCAAUCAAAGCCACAGCUUACACGACUCUGCUAGGUGGGGCCUGGGCCUGUUUCCAUACAAAACCAGACCACCCAUCCUUUGAGGCAGCUCUGCUCGAGUGCUCCAACCAGCUGGGCCUGCUGUCUCCAUGGAUCCGCAAUAUGACCUCCGAUGGCCACGUGCAGAGCCUAGUAAAGCUACGUAAUGAGGGCCGCCUCUGCUAUGUGAGCCUGGGUCUUCUCUCUUUGGUUUACUCUGCUAACUACGACCCGGACACUACACUGUACGAAGCCCAGUGCUCCAAUCUGUCAGUACGUUGGUGGGAGUUUCCUAAGCAGGUGCUAGAUGUGGGCUUUGCCGGCCGCUGGUGGAUCCUGAACUCAAAAAUGCAGGACUAUGAUGUGAAUGAGGAAGAGUUCAAGUACUUACCGGCCCAUAUGCAGUUAACAUCACCACCCAGUGUUCAGGAGGUGGAAAGGAACGAGAAGUUGCACAAAGAUUCCUGGUUAGCACUCACCAUGGAGGACAAGGAGAAAGAGACAAGUGUUGUGGACAGAGAGGAGGAAAGGCAAAUACAACCACUGAAAGAGGAGCAGACUCAAGCUUAAGUGCUGUAUGGAUAGCAGCAGAUACUUUACUGGAUAGAAGACUGUAACAAUUCUUAAUCUCAUUUGUCAUUAAGUGCUUUACAUUUUUCAGCAUUUGUCCAUACUGUCCAGGGGAAGAGAAAAUAUCUGCACCUUUGUCUAAUCAAAGUUAAACCAACCCCUCAGAAUCCUUAGUUGUGUUUUAUUUAUUCUUGUUUCACAGAAUUGCAUUUAUAUUAUAGACUAAAUGUCAGUAAAUCUGCAGCUAUCUAAGAUGUUUUAUCUCAGUUGUCUCUCUACUCCACCAUACUUAUAAUUAAUUAUCCAACCAGCCAAUGACGUGGCAGCAGUGCAGUGCAUAAAAUCAGGCAGAUACAGGUCAGUUAAUGUUCACAUCAAACAUCAGAGUGAUUCUGACUUUGACUGUGACUCACAAGUCAUACACAAGUCUUCAGAGAUUAUUCAGAAUGGUCCGAAAAACAAACAAAAAAAACGUCGAAAUGUCUUGUUAAUGAGAGAGGCCAGAGGAGAAUGGCCAGACUGUUUGGGGCUAUGGUAGAGAGGCUACAGUCAGAUAAUCCUUUAUGUAAUGUGUAAUGGAUAACUCUGUACAACAAUGGUAUGCAGAAAAGCACCCACCUUCUAAUAGCUACAUCCAUGAUAAUGCAAUAAAAGCAAAAGUUGUUCAAA